GGCCGCCACCAUCUUUGUGGUCGGGGAGGUGAGUCCUCCCUGCAUCCGAACCAUCCCUCCGAGCUUUUCAGCCUGAGCGUGGGACUAGUCACUACCUGGCCAUCAGUCUUAGGAUGGAGAAGUCUCGGCCGCCGGCAGAGGGCCGAAGUUUGGACUUCCUCGGCUCUCCUCCCCCACUUCCCGAGCAGCGUUGCCACUUCUAUCGGAAGGAUUGAUUCACCCUGAGCCAGUGCCUGGGGAUGUCCACUGUGUUUUAUCAAGAAGAGAGACCCAGUCGUGUUAACUCACCGCAACCUUUUCUUCAUCACCCCCGAAUUCAGAAAGAGGAGGAAGGAGGGACUUCUCGGCUUCUCACAGCGUAGGCUAGCUAUCAAAGAAAGGGACUCCUGGUUCUUAGAAUUUUCCAUCUACUGAUUUACUCCUUGGAGCAACCCUAUGAGUUAUGCCUUCUCAGGACUUUGACCUUCCCCAGAAAGAUCAAGAGGUAAUGACCAAAUUUCGGGGGGCAGUGACAUUCAAGGAUGUGGCUGUGGUCUUCACCAGGGAGGAGCUGGGGCUGCUGGACCUUGCCCAGAGGAAGCUAUACCAAGAUGUAAUGGUGGAGAAUUUCAAGAACCUGGUUGCAGUGGGGCAUCUUCCCUUCAAACCAGAUAUGGUAUCUCAGUUGGAAGCAGAAGAAAAGCUUUGGAUGAUGGAAGCAGAAACCCAAAGAAGUGGGUAUUCUGGCAGCAAAAAUCUAAAUGACACGGAGUUUCUUCAAAAAUUUGCAUUAAGAUAUCUUUCAUAUGAAGAGCUAUCCUGUUGGCAAAUCUGGAAGCAGGUUGCAAGUGAAUUAACCAGGUGUCUUCAAAGGAAGAGUUCCCAAUUCCUACAAGGUGAUUUUCUUCAGGUUUCUGAAAAUGAGAACGAUAUAAUGAAUCAUCGAGGAGAUAGCUCCAACUGUAUUGAAAAUCAAGAGUUUUCAAUUUUGAGGACCCAGAAUUCUUGCAUGAAUACUUGUCUAAGUGAAUUACAGAAUCAGAAUAGAGGUAAACAAAUUGACGUGAAAAAUAAGCUGCAUUUAUGUGAAGACUUCAUGAAGAAAUCACCAUCUACUGAGCAUAUGAAAACUUGCACAGAACACAAACCUUACAAAUGUAAUGAAAAUGGCAAAAGCAUAAGUGAUGGCUCCAGUCAGCAGUUACCCUUAGAGAAACACCAUCCAUGUAGUGGACGUGGAAAGGGCUUCAGUUAUGGCUCAGUGCUUCCCCCUCAUCACAAUGUUCACACAGGAGAGAAGUGCCUCAGUCAAAGCUCACUUCUGCAAACUCAUCAGAGAAUUCACCCAGGAGAGAAGCUCCAUAAAAGUUGUGUAUCUGGUGAUUGCUUCAGUAAGAGCUCUUUUCAUUCUCAUCAGUCUAAUCAUACAGGAGAGAAGUCCUAUAGAUGUGACAGUUGUGGCAAGGGAUUCAGUAGUAGCACAGGUCUGAUUAUUCAUUACAGAACUCACACGGGAGAGAAACCUUAUAAAUGCGGGGAAUGUGGCAAAUGCUUUAGUCAAAGUUCAAAUUUCCAAUGCCAUCAGAGAGUCCACACUGAAGAAAAACCAUAUAAAUGUGAAGAGUGUGGUAAGGGUUUUGGUUGGAGUGUUAAUCUUCGUGUCCAUCAGAGGGUCCACAGGGGUGAGAAACCCUACAAAUGUGAGGAGUGUGGGAAGGGCUUCACUCAGGCUGCACAUUUUUACAUACAUCAGAGGGUCCACACUGGAGAGAGACCCUACAAAUGUGAUGUGUGUGGUAAGGGCUUCAGUCACAAUUCGCCAUUAAUAUGCCAUCGGAGAGUCCACACUGGGGAGAAGCCAUACAGAUGUGAGGCGUGUGGGAAGGGCUUUACCCGUAAUACAGACCUGCAUAUCCAUUUCAGAGUUCAUACAGGAGAAAAACCCUACAAAUGUAAGGAGUGUGGGAAGGGCUUCAGUCAGGCUUCAAAUCUUCAAGUUCAUCAGAAUGUCCACACUGGGGAGAAGCGAUUCAAAUGUGUAACAUGUGGGAAGGGCUUCAGUCAGUCCUCAAAACUUCAAACCCAUCAGAGAGUUCACACUGGAGAGAAACCAUACAGAUGCGAUGUGUGUGGUAAGGACUUCAGUUAUAGUUCAAAUCUUAAACUGCACCAAGUAAUUCACACUGGAGAAAAACCAUAUAAAUGUGAGGAGUGUGGAAAGGGCUUCAGUUGGAGAUCAAACCUUCAUGCUCAUCAGAGAGUCCACUCAGGAGAGAAACCCUAUAAAUGUGAGGAGUGUGAUAAGAGCUUCAGUCAGGCCAUAGAUUUUCGGGUACAUCAGAGAGUUCAUACUGGAGAGAAACCAUACAAAUGUGGUGUAUGUGGUAAGGGCUUCAGUCAGUCCUCUGGUCUUCAGUCCCAUCAGAGAGUCCACACUGGGGAGAAGCCAUACAAAUGUGAUGUGUGUGGAAAGGGCUUUAGGUACAGUUCACAGUUUAUAUACCAUCAGAGAGGCCACACUGGGGAAAAACCUUACAAAUGUGAGGAGUGUGGGAAAGGCUUUGGUAGGAACUUGAAUCUUCGCCAUCAUCAGAGGGUCCACACGGGAGAGAAACCCCAUAAAUGUGAGGAGUGUGGUAAGGCCUUCAGUCUCCCCUCAAAUCUUCGAGUCCAUCUGAGUGUUCAUACCCGGGAAAAACUUUUUAAAUGUCAGGAGUGUGGUAAGGGCUUUAGUCAGAGUGCACGUCUUCAUGCCCAUCAGAGAGUCCACACUGGAGAAAAGCCAUACAAAUGUGAUGUAUGUGGUAAGGACUUCAGUCACCGUUCACGUCUUACAUACCAUCAGAAAGUCCACACUGGCAAAAAGCGUUUGAAAUGAGAAGUGUGUUACUGACUUUUGUCAGAAUGCACAUCUUCCAGUUUUGGAGAGUCCAUGCUGGUGAUAAACAGUAUAAAAGUGUU